AUGGAUAGAGCCAAGAUGCCACAGGAAGCCCGAAACAUCUUUGUGCCCAACAUCUCAAUACCACUCAUCCCCGUGAAUGGCACAGAGUUUCAGCAUUUGGUGACGAGUGUGCUAUCCGAUACGACCUCCACGGGAGUCUCUGCGAUUCAUGCGGAACCCGGCACGGGCAAGUCCGUUGCGGUAGCUUUAGCCAUGCUGAUGUGGGCAAAACACAACCCAAAGUGCAUCACUGUUUUGAUACAAGAAAACCUGAAACUUCUCAAAGAUUUCUUUCGAGUUAGCGAUGAAGCCUACGUGCCGGCUGUUGCAGCAAACCUUUUUUGA